CCAGGCAGGACAUGGACUCCAUGUUCGAGGACGACAUCAGCAUCCUGACGCAGGAGGCGCUGGGGCCGGACGAGGACUGGCUGGACAGCCCCAACACCGACCUGUCGGGGGAGAUGUGCUCGGCCUCGCACUUCGCCCUCAUCACCGCCUACGACGACAUCAAGAACCGGCUCACGGGGCUGGAGAGGGAGAACUCCACGCUCAAGCGCCGCCUCAAGAUGUACGAGGUCAAGUACCCCCUGAUCGGCGAGUUCGGGGAGGAGCACAUCUUCUCCCUCUACGAGGCCAAGGAGACGUCGCUGCUCAAGAGCGAGAAGGCGUCGCUGCAGCAGCAGCUCAACCAGUUCCAGCACGAGCUGCAGAAGAGCAAAGAGCGGGAGGAGCAGCUGGAGGAGAUGAUCCAGGCGUACGAGAAGCUCUGCGUGGAGAAGGCUGACCUGGAGACCGAGCUGGGAGAGAUGCGGGCGCUGGUGGAGACUCACCUGAGCCGCAUCCGGAGCCUGGAGCAGCAGCUGCGGCAGCGCGACAGCGGCGCCUUCCCGGGGCUGGGCACCCCCAUGCCCGGCCAGGAGGUGCCUUUCCUCAGCCUGCACCCCAACCCCGGGCUGAGCCACGUGCUGGAGCGCGCCGGGGGCUGGCAGAGCCGGGCCAUGGAGGCACAGAGCCGGCUGGAGGCCGAGCUGGAGGCGGCGCGGCAGGAGAACCAGCGCGCCCAGCACCGCGAGGAGCACCUCAAGGCCGAGUGCGAGAGGCUGCAGGCGGAGCUGAAGCACCUGCAGGACACCCGGGAGCAGGAGCAGUCGGAGCGGGACAUGGCCUGGGUGAAGAAGGUGGGCGACGACCAGGUGAACCUGGCGCUGGCCUACACGGAGCUGACGGAGGAGCUGUGCCGCCUGCGGAACCUCAGCUCCCUGCAGAGCCAGAUCCUGCGGGCCCUGCUGCAGGAGAAGGGCCUCAACGGCGGCCAGUGCCACUCCCCGCUGUCGCAGUGCCACUCCCCGGCCCAGCAGCGCCGCUCGCCCGCCCCGCAGUGCCCCUCGCCCGCCCCGCCGGGGCGCUCCCAGUGCCAAUCCCCCGCCCUCCAACGCCGCUCGCCGGGCCCUCCCAGCCAGUCGCCGGCUCAGCAGCGCCGCUCGCCAGCCCCCGGCCCCUGCCAGUCCCCCGCGCAGCAGCGCCGGUCCCCGGUGCCCCCCUCCAGCCAGUCCCCGGCGCAGCAGCGCCGAUCCCCGGCCCCGCCGCCUCCUCCCUGCCCGUCCCCGGCCUCGGCGUCCCCGCACCGGCUGCCCGGCGAGAGGAUGGAGCUGGGCUACGCCAAACCCUCCAGCCGCCACAUCAAGGCCGGCUUCCAGGGCCGCCGCAGCUACUCGGAGGUGACCAACGUGGCCCUGUACCAGCAGAGCCGCUCGCCGUGGCUGCAGCCCGAGGCCUCCACGCUGCCCAAGCACCGGCCCUACGGGGAGGUGUACCUGGGGGGCGCGGGGGCCCCGCUGAGCGCCCGCGAGCCCUUCGAGGAGCAGCACGUGCGCUUCGAGAAGCAGCAGUCGUCGGACGAGGAGGAUUGGGCCCUGCCCAGCCCGCCCAGCCCCGAGGCCGGCGCCAUCCGCUGCGCCUCCUUCUGCGCCGGGUUCCCCGCGCCCGACGCCGACGCCGUGCGCCGGACGGCAGCUGCCUACGCCCGGGCGGAACACGCCCAGUCCUGGCCCUCCAUCAACCUGCUGCUGGAGACGGUGGACUCUGAGGUGAGGAGCUGCCCCCUGUGCCAGCUGGCCUUCCCCAUCGGGUACCCGGACGAUGCCCUGGUGAAGCACAUCGACUCCCACCUGGAGAACAGCAAGAUCUGAGCCUUCCCCCCGCCCAUUCCCGACCUUUGGAUGCUGCAUGAAAACACACCAGGAGCGCCACGGCUCCCGAAAUACCUCCAAGUCUUCAGUAGCUACAGAAAGACUGAGCCCCCCACACACACACCCCGGAGCCCCCCGAGCCCCCCCAGCCCCCUGCAAGUGGGUUCCUCGCCCUGUCCCUGCGUCCAUGCCAGGUUUGGAUGCUGGAAUUGGGGUGCCAGGAUCAUGCCACCCCAGGUGGUGGCCGGAGGGGACUUGUCUGUGCCCUUGGGUGUCCUCUGCACCCUUGGGUGUCGCUGUUUGAUCUCAGGGAGGAUCCGAGGGGUUGGGUCCUGGAUCCGGCCCCCAGAAGAGGGUGAGGGGAAGGGGCUGCCCCUUCCCCUGCUCCUGGGGUCAGAGUUGGGGUUGGGGGGGGGGGCAGCUUUUUCUCCGUUCCCCCCUCCCCCCCCC